AUGCUGUCCCGCAAGGCCACGGCCAUCCUGCUGGUAGUGCACGCAGCCGCCAUGCUGGCCUCCCAGACGGAAGGCUUUGUUCCCAUCUUCACCUACGGCGAAGUCCAGAGGAUGCAAGAAAAGGAGAGGUACAAGGGGCAAAAGAAAUCCCUGAGUGUACAGCAGAGGUCAGAGGAGGGCCCUGCGGACCCUGCGGAGCCCCGGGAAGACAGACAAGAAGUUAUCGAGCUGACUGCUCCUGUGGAAAUUGGAAUGAGGAUGAACUCCAGGCAGCUGGAAAAGUACCAGGCCACCCUGGAAGGGCUGCUGCGCAAGGUGCUGCCAUCCUCCCGAAACGAGGCCCCGGAGCCUGCACGGUGCACGCCCCCACAGUUUCCGACGCACGUACUGAUCAACCCAAGCACAGCUGCGAGAUCCCGGGAAGCACUGCCAAGACAGCCGCUAAAAAAUGGGGAGAGCGGGCUGCAGCAGGGCACGUCGGAGGUAACGCACUCAGAGAAGCAGGAAAAGAAAAGGCUCCCUUUCUCGUCGUCCCUGUUUCGCGCCUUCCCCUCGCCCUCUGCUGGGGUCCGCCCCGACAGUGAGCCCAUCUUGCCCCGUCACCAGCAGGGGGCGCCCAAUUCUGGGGCCAGCGUCCCCACACCCUCUGGGGGAUUUUCUCGAAGCUCCUGA